AUGCAAGAGAAGGAACUACUACUAUCUGCUAAGAGUCAAAAGCUAAAAAGAAUAAGUUAUGUGUUCCUACCAUUCACGAUAUUAAUCAUCUUAACAAUUAUAAAAUUAAAUUUUACAAACUUUACACCAUUUACGAUACCACAUAAUCUCACACGAUCAGAUCCAUAUCUCACUUAUCAAUUAGCAACAAAUGAUCCAUUACUAGAUAAAAUAGGACAGCCAGAUUUAAAUCCAUCGCACAAACAUUUACAUGAAGGUUCAAAAGCUAUGGUUGCUAGUGAUGUUCCAUUAUGUUCAACAAUGGGUAAAAACAUCUUAUUAAAAGGUGGUAAUGCUGCUGAUGCUGCUGUUACUGUUGCUUUAUGUAUUGGAUCUAUAAAUUCUCAUAGUUCAGGUAUUGGUGGUGGUGGAUUUAUUUUAAGUAAAAAAGGUGAAAAAGUUAUUAGCAUCGAUGCAAGGGAGAUGGCCCCUACGUUAGCAUAUAAAGAAAUGUAUGGAAGUUCUGAAAUAUUGAGUAAAAUUGGUGGUUUGGCCAUUGCUAUUCCCGGUGAAUUAAAAGGAUUAUAUGAUUUGUAUAAACUUCAUGGUAGUGGUAAAUUAACUUGGAAACAAUUAUUUGCACCAAUUAUUGAAUUGAAUUAUAAAGGUUGGAAAUGUUCUAAAAUAUUUGAAGUUGUUGUUGCUAAAGAAAAUGAAUUAGUAUUAUCAAAAGUACCUAGUUUAAAACAAAUGUGGGAUUUUAUAUUUAAUGAAUCGGGAGAUUUGAUUAAAGAAGGAGACUUCAUAAGAAGACCCAAUUAUGCAAAGACUUUGAGUAUCAUAGCUAAUAAUGGGAGCAGCGAUGUAUUUUAUGAUCCAACUGGACCUAUUGUUCCAUCAUUGGUCAACACAAUCACAAAAUGGGGUGGAAUCAUAAGUCCUGAAGAUUUUGCAAAGUAUCACACAAUCAUUGAAGAACCAUUGACUACUACAAUAGAUAAAUUUAAAGUCUAUACGAGUAAUGGAAUAUCAUCCGGGUUAUCUUUAAUUGCAGGGUUGAAUUUUUUCCAUUCCAUUUAUAAUCCAAGUGACUCUGAUAUCUUAUAUAAUCAUAAACUUAUAGAAAGUUUCAAAUGGUCAAGUUCAGUAAGAACAAGAUUAGGUGAUAAGUCAAAUCAAAAACAAGAAGUCAUUAAAAAAUUUACUGGACUAGAUUGGAUUUCUGAAACAAACUAUUCAGAUAAUCAAACUUUUACAUGGGAAAAUUAUGAUCCAAAAUAUGAUCUUGUUGAACCACAAGGUACAUCACAUUUUGCUAUAGUUGAUGAAAAUGGUGAUUCAGUAGCAAUGACAACUACAGUGAAUCUUUUAUUUGGAUCAAUGAUUUAUGACAAAAAUACAGGAAUUAUACUUAAUGAUGAAAUGGAUGAUUUUUCACAACCAAAUGUAAGUAAUGCAUUUAAUUUAACUCCAUCAAUUUACAAUUUUGUACAUCCUGGAAAAAGACCAUUGAGUUCAACUGCUCCAACCAUUAUAACGUAUAAUGAUAAAGUAGAUUUUGUCAUUGGAGCAGCAGGUGGUAGUAGAAUAACAAAUGCUGUAUUACAAGCUAUAAUUCGAGUUUAUUAUAAAAAUUUAUCAUUAUUAAAAACAAUUUCAUAUCCUAGAUUGCAUCAUCAAUUGAUUCCUCAAAGUUUAAUGUGUGAGAAUAUAACAACUUAUGAAGAAGAAUAUCCUGGAGAGGAAAUCUUGAAACAUUUAAAGGAAAAAAAUCAUACAUUUUUGGAAACCGGUUCAUUGACCGCUAUGAAUGGUAUUAAAAGACUCACUAAUGGUAAAUUACAAGGUGUUAGUGAUUAUUGGAGGAAAAGAGGUGAAGCGGAUGGAUAUUAG